AUGCAUGGGGUUAAACGAAGACUAUGGACUCAAGAAGCACUGAAACAGAAGAGAGCACAGGACAAGCAGAGGAUCAAGGCCUAUAGGGACCAGACAGCACGGGUACUGCGGCUACGGGAUGCGGGCGCUUAUAGCAUGGAAGCGCUGGCGGAGACGACGAGCCUGCUGCAGAUGAACGGGGAGUUCAACGCGGUGUGGAACUACCGACGGGAUAUCAUUGCCGCGCUGCGGGAGCAGCUUGACGGCGGCUUCUGGGAGGCCGAGCUGAAGCUGACGAUGGCGCAUCUGCGGGAGUCGCCGAAGGUGUACUGGAUCUGGAACCACCGGCAGUGGUGCUUGCAGCACCACGCGGAACAGGGCGCGGCGGUGUGGAAGCGAGAGCUCGCGCUGGUAGGCAAGAUGCUGGAGCUGGAUCCGCGGAACUUCCACGGAUGGCACUACCGGCGAGUCGUGGUGAGGGAGUUGGAGCGGCGCAGCGGGGCCAGCCUGGACUCUGCAGAGCUGUCGUUCACGACCGAGAAGAUCAACGAAAACAUCUCCAACUUCAGCGCGUGGUACCAGAGGGCGCAGCUCAUCCCGCGGAUGAUCGCGAGCGGCAAGAUUGCAGACACAUCGCGGUUUGCGGAGGAGGAAGCGUCGUACAUCAUCAACGCCAUGUACACGGACGCCGAGGACCAGUCGGUGUGGAUGUAUCUCAAGUGGUUUGCCGAGGCCUCGUGCAUUCGCGACGAUAUGCCACUGCAAGACUACGACUGCAUGCUGACAAAAUUCAGGGAGAACAUCAUGGCCAUCAACCAGGACGAGCUGGAGUUCUCGGGGAGAGAGAACAUAUGGUGCCUCAAGAUGCUGGUGUUUCUAGGCUCGAUUGCGCCUACGCAGCAGGAGUCGCCCGCGCAGCGGCGGCACCACCUUGAACGAUUAAUAGAGCUUGAUAGCAUGCGGCGCAAUCGAUACAUCCACAUGUUAGAGAAUGCUUAA